CACCUUCAUCCUGGCGGCGGCAGCACGGACGGCGGCGGUCCACCUGCUAACGCUAGCACUGCUCGUGGGUAGUUGGUGCUGUCGGUCGGUGGACGGCCGGGGUAACUUCCUGCGGCACGAUGAUGCACUCCCGAAGGCGUGCAGCUGGACCGGUGCGAUACUGGAAGUAUCGCAGGAGAAGCGCUCGGACGAGUUGCAGUGCCGGAUCAAAACCAUCACCAAGACGGAGAGUCUCCUAGCUAACAUAAGUAGUUAUCAAAUUGAUAGGAUUAAAUCGCUCAAGCUCGAGUGCAACGACAUUAUGUUCUUCGAAAGUUCCUUAGAGUCGACGACGACGCCCGGCAACUUUUUGGGCAAUCUGCACGGCCUUCUCCGGCUGUCGAUUGAUUACUGUAAGAUCAAGUACAUACCGGCGCACGCGUUCGCCAACAUGAAGGUGCUGAGGAGUCUCGCGCUCAGCACGCACAACGUCGACUGGUCGGUGAUGAAUCUCGAGCUCCAUCCGGACAGCUUCCGGGGGCUGUCCGAGCUGAAGGAGAUGCAUCUGGCCGACAACAACAUCUGGAGUUUACCGGGGGAAGUGUUUUGUCCGUUGCAGAAACUGCGUGUCCUCAACCUGACCGGCAAUCGGUUAAGUGAUCUUACACAGCUGAUGCUGUCCGAUUGGGGCAAUGGUCCGACGGAACCGGGUCGCGCGUGUAACACCGGGCUGGAGGUGUUGGAUCUUUCCGGCAACGAUCUUACCCUGCUGCCGGACAAUGGUCUAACUGCGUUGCGUUCGUUAAACGCGCUUCAUCUGCAGCGCAACUUGCUGAAGGAGAUCGCUGACCGUGCGUUCGUUGGUUUGGGGACGCUCGAGAUAUUGGAUCUUUCGGACAACAAGCUAACGGCGCUUACGCCGGAACUGUUCGUAUCGUCGCGCAAAAUUCGGCAGGUGUAUCUGCAGAACAACUCUCUGUCCGUACUAGCACCGGGUGUGUUUGAAGGAUUAGAUCGACUAGAAACGCUAGAUCUGUCGCGCAACCAGCUAACGUCGACGUGGGUCAAGCGCGACACGUUUGCCGGCCAGGUGCGGUUGGUCGUACUGAACCUUGGUCACAAUCAACUAUCGAAGGUGGAUCAGCACGUGUUCAAGGGUCUGUACAGCUUGCAGAUCUUGAACCUCGAGCACAACGCCAUCGAAUUGUUGGCCGAUGGAGCUUUUAGUGAUUUGAAGAACCUGCACGCACUCUUCCUAUCGCACAAUCGGUUGCGCCAGAUCGAACCGUACCACUUCAGUGAGCUGUAUGUGCUGAAUCAGCUGAUUCUGGAGUCGAAUCAGAUCGCUUACAUCCACGAACGGGCGUUCGAGAAUCUUACACAUCUGCACGAUCUUAGCCUGAACGAUAACCGGCUGGAGGAGAUCCCGUCCGGGAUGAAGAGUCUGAAGUUUCUGCAAUCGCUCGAUCUUGGCAAAAAUCAGAUAGCCGAAAUUAACAACUCUUCGUUCGAGGGUUUGGAGGAGCUGAUGGGGCUGCGGUUGGUGGAUAAUCAGAUUUCGGAAAUUUCUCGCGACACCUUCUUCGCGCUAUCGACGAUCCACGUGCUUAACCUGGCGUCGAACCGUAUCCGCCAUAUCGAUCAGUCCGCGUUCAGCUCGAACCCGACGCUACGUGCCAUCCGGCUGGACAAUAAUGAGCUAGAGGAUGUGUCCGGCGUGUUUACGUCGCUGUCGUCGCUCGUUUACCUAAACAUUUCGGACAACAAUAUCGGGUGGUUCGAUUACUCGCACUACCCGCAGUCGCUCGAGUGGCUCGAUAUCCACAAGAACAACAUUACCGAGCUCGGGAAUCGGUACGAUGUUGGCAAUUGGUUCCUGCUUAAAAUGCUCGACGUGUCGCACAACAAGCUGCGGCAGAUUAAUGCCAGCUCGUUCCCGCGAAACAUCGAGACCAUCCUGAUGAAUAACAAUCAGAUCGAAGAGAUCGCACCGGAAACGUUCACCGGGAAGGAAAGCAUCGUGAAGGUGGUGCUUUACGGGAAUCGAUUGCGGCGCAUCGAGAUGGCUGCACUGGCACUUACACCGUGGCCCGAUACGCGGGUACUGCCUGAGUUUUAUCUCGGUGAUAAUCUGAUUCACUGCGACUGCACGAUGGAGUGGUUGCAGCGUAUCAACGAGCUUGCCUAUCUGCGCCAGUAUCCGCAGGUGAAGGAUCUCGAUUCGGUGCACUGUUCGAUGGAGCACGGUAGGGGAGAGCAGAGGCGCCCGCUGAUGACGAUGCGUGCGAGCGAAUUCCUGUGCCGGUAUGAGGGCCAUUGUUUCGCUACCUGUCACUGCUGUGACUUUGAUGCAUGCGACUGCAAGAUGACGUGUCCGGAUCGGUGCCGGUGCUAUCACGAUACGGCUUGGGAGUCGAAUAUAGUUGAUUGCGGUUCGGCCGGAUUAUCGCUCGUGCCGGCAAAGAUACCGAUGGACGCAACGGACAUCUACCUCGAUGGGAACAAUCUGGGGGCGCUUGGCAGCCAUGUGUUUAUUGGGAAGAAGAAGCUAAAGUCGUUGUAUUUGAAUGGCAGUCGCAUUGAGUCACUCAACAAUAAAACUUUUGCUGGCAUUCCCGCACUGGAGGUGCUGCAUCUGGAGCAGAACGGGCUGGAACAGCUGAGUGGGGCCGAGUUUGAGCAGUUGCGCGAACUGAAGGAGCUGUACCUGCAUCGGAAUUCGUUGGCUACGGUCGGGAACCGAUCGUUCUACUACCAGAAGUCGCUGGAAGUUCUAACGAUUGCAGACAACAAGUUGACCGGGUUGAAGCCGUGGGAAUUUUUCCCCUUGCCGAGUGGUGGAUCGGAGGGUGCGUACCGAUCCGUUUCGCUCGAGGGUAACGGGCUCGAAUGUUCUUGCGAGCUGAUGCCGAAACUGCUCGACUGGCUCGAGCGCAUGUACCGGAGCAACGGUACAGCGGGUGGCUCGGAAGAGAAUGCGGAAUCUUCGGAGGUUGCCAGCUGGGGUGAGUUCCGUUGUUCGGGUGGGAAACCCCUCUCAGACGUGAUGAAGGAAUGUGAGGGACAACGGCCGGCCGUAGUCCCCGUUGCGACGGCGACCGUACAGCGCACGAUCAUCAACGACGACUUCAUCGAUUACCUGCCAUUGUUGAUCGCGGUGCUGGCUGGUUUGGUGCUUACGAUCAUGCUGGUCGCACUGGUGGUACUGUUCCGGCAGGACGUGUGCCUCUGGGCACACUCCCGGUACGGGGUGCGGCUCUGCAAGGACCCGCUCAGCGCACUCGAGCGCUGUGAGGAUAGCGAGAAACUGUACGACGGUUAUCUCGUGUAUAGUGCGGCCGAUGCCGACCUGGUCACUAGUCAAAUCGGCCAGGAGCUCGAGCAUCACGGGUACGGUAUGUGCCUGCACUAUCGGGAUGUGCACGGUGGGGCCGGAUUCCUCCUGGACACCAUGCAAUCGGCCGCGGAUGCAUCCCGCAAGAUAGUGCUGUUUGUGAGUGUGAAGUUCCUGCAGCUGGAGUGGUCCCAGCCAGAGUUUCAGGCAUCGUUACAGUCGGUGCUGGAACUGAUACGCCCGUCAAGGCGUAAGCAGCGUCUCGUGCUGAUCACGUCCGUGCCGUCGUCGAUGUUGGCGAUGGAUCCGAUCAUGGACAUCCUGGCACGCACCUGCACUGUGAUCGCGUGGGAUGAUCGGCGGUUCUGGGACAAGCUGCGGUUCGCCAUGCCCGAUCUUGGGCGGGACGGUGCAGCGGUCAACAAAGCGUCCCAUCGGAAGAACAUCAACAUCCGCUACACACCGGCCCCUACCAACAAUUUGAUGGUGGUGGGAGGGAUUGGUGCAUCUGCUCCAACGGCCACCUGGCCCAAACGUCUCAACUCGGAGGUUUCAAUACAGCAGCAGCAGCAGCAGCAGCAGCAACAGCAGCAACAUUCUCACCAUCAGCAACCUUAUCCGGUGCCUCAUCCUCGGUCAAUUGGAGGAGCACCACACAGUACUUACACGACGGAGGAUGAGGAGCCCUCGACGGCUGGAUCAUCUCCACAGUACGAAGCGCCGACACAUCCUGGAGGUGCUCCAGCCGGUGGGAUGUAUCAUCAUCACCAUCAGCAUCCGGGUAUUGUUCAGUACCAGCAACAGCAGCAGCAACAGCAUUCCGGUGGUAGUACACCACUUCCACAAACUAUGCCACAUCCACAACAUCACCAUCAUCACCAUCAUCCACAUGGACAGUCGCAUCACCAUCAUCAUCACCAUCAUCAUCCAUCUGGUACAGGGACCGGACCACACGCAUACCACAGUGGAGGCGCUGCCGGUAACUUCAGUAGCUCCAAUACGCUUGGCCACGUGUACUCCACCAUUCCGGAACCUCAGUACAUGGUCGAUCAACAGCAGCAGCAGCAGUCGCAGCAGCAGCAGGUUCGAACCGUGGGUCCCGGACCGGACGGCAGCAAUCGGCCGUACUUUGUGUAAAAUCGUUUUCCCUGUCCCGCCAUUUGUUUCUCCCCA